AUGAGAGCGCUGGUUCCAUGGUUUCUGGUUGCCUCUUUGGGCACUUUUGCCGCAGCUGCCCGAACCAAAGAAUUUCAAGGUCACCGCGAUCGCCUGGAAGCCGAAAUCAUUCCUGACCUCCAACUUUACCCACGUGACAUGGAAGGUCCCCAGGAGUUGACUCCUGCACAAAGAGAUUUGCUGCAUGGUCGCGUGGCCCGAUGCUAUGACCCCCGUGCAAACAGGGACUAUUCGGACGUGCAGUGGCAACAGGCGUUAGACCAGUACAUGCGCGAGGAAGUGAGCAAGGGCUUGAAAAAGGUUCCACGGGUCGUGGUCACUGGCAUGGACAUGUGGGGGUCACAUUUGCCAGCCAGGUACAUGCCUCACCAUUGGAUUUCGGCCAUCAUCCCGGACGUGGACGCAUCGCCUUCUUCUCACUGUUUCGAUUUCAAUUACGAUGCUGCAUCGGCGGAUCCCAACGGAUGCCGCUUCUUCGAGAAAUCUUUCCGACUCUUCGGGUGCCUCAACUCCGCGUUGGAACACAGCCAGAGCUGGCUCGCCUGGCAGGAGGUCAUGGACGCAGAGGCUCCGGAGGUGACGGUGACGCUGGCCCUACCAGGUACCACAGCGAAGCUUAGGCUGCGGCAUGCGAAGUGGAACGAAAAGACGGUGGUGCACAAGGAUUUCAUGGUGACGAGAGAGUGUCACCCUUCUGCGAACGAUCCAGGGAGCAUCCCUGACAUUGUAUGCCAGGCUGAGAAUGCGGAGCUUGUAGAAGUCGUGCGGGAGUGCGACGCGGAAUAUUUAGGUGGCGCACUGGAAGCCUUUGGUAGCCUGUCGGUAAAGUGCCGCAAGGUGCUCUCUGGCACAGACCGGAACCUGCAAAGCCUUUUGCAAGACCGACGCUUGGUCGGCGCAGACGAGGGCGACGACCUGCAGGGCCAGGUUGGUGUCGCAAGAAAUGCGGAGGAAGCACACCAAGCUGUCAAGCAAGGGGCCAUGGCCUUGAUACUUUUCGAUGACAGCGAGUUGGGCUUGCCUGAAGACUUGGUGACCUUUUUUGUUGUUGAUCCGGAUCAGCACCAGCACCAAGUUCCAACAGGAGCCACGAUUACCAGGUACUUUGUCGAGACACCCGAAGAUUGGCCCGGCGAUGCGCUGGACUUCUCAGAUGAGGUGCGGCAUUUCAAUUCCGGAGAGAAUGCGCGGUGGCUCAGCACACGGCACCGCAUCUACGAGAUGAUCAAGGCGGUCUCCCAAGAGAGCCUGGACGUCGAAGCGCCCGAGGUCCUGCGACGGGUACGUGCGGCCCUUCGCAGGACGGUGACGCAGACGGCUUACUCCCAGUUCCAGCAGAUCGAUCGGUCAACAGAGCAGAACAUCCUGCAGUGCUACGAUCUCCCUGUGGCGACCGCGUUGCGGAUCUCCAGCAGUGCCCGGCACUUGCACGAGGCUUCCCAGUGCCUUCCCCUGAUGUGGGACAAAGCUCAAAUGGCUCCGCCCUUGCCACAAGUUUUUGAUGGCAACAUACACUUCCAGUAUUGGCCAGAUAUUGAGGCCUUGGAUACGUUCCAGGUGCACCCCGUCUGUGCUCGCCUGAGCCUCGCGUUCAUGGCGUCCGAGAUGAGCAAGGCGCCUUACCCCAACAUCACCGAGGGAAAGUGGUGGUGGACUGCACUGAGUGCACCCGGAGCCCUUUGGGACUCGGCCUUCAAAGCAAACCCCUGGUGGCUGAAGAACCACUUGCUGGACUACUGCCUUCACCCAGACACCGCUGUGUGCACCUCCUUCACGGUCUGUUGGGCGAUGCUCCUACGCCACGUGACCAAGUUGAUCCACCCCUUCUGUGACGAGAAGGCCCGGGCCUUCCCCGAGAUGCCUGUGUCAGAGGAGUUCCUUGAAAAGCUGGAGGGCUAA